AUUCCUUGUCCCAGUUUUGCCUCAUGCCUCGACGCUGGCUCGUGUCUGCUGUGCGAUCAUUUCACUCAAGCAGUCCGAAAUGGAGGAUUGGCUCCUUCAGCCGAUUCGGUCCCGACUUGGUUCCGAGUAAGGGCGCGGUUUCCGUAUAUCGUUUUUUUACUCGACUCAAAACCCACCUGCCAUUCGUUCGGGACUCCUGCCAAUUGCCGAAGCGGCCAGAGAGCGAAGCGGAUCUUCCUCGUUUAAGUCAGUAUUCGGCAGCCGAACCAUCCGAAUUCACCGCUCGGCUGCCCCGUUGAUUCCGACGGCUUUACUAGACGCGGCUCGCGUGAACGAAGACUGCUGAACCCGCAUCUCGCGGCCGGAUUGAUCCAUGUCGGGCGUGGGAAUUCUCAAAACCCAACGCUUCUCACGGGCUGAUUGAUCCAUGUCGGACGUGGCUGAAGGUGCAGCGCAGUGGCAAGCCGGCUUCUAAGUCGGCUCGAAAGCAGAAUCCGCAUCUCACGGCGGACAUGGCGGAAGGUGCAGAGCAUGAUGACAUGCGACGAGCGCAUGCGAUUGACCCGGGCGAAGUGCGAGGAGACUCAUCCCCCCCGUAUCUCACGGCGCCCGGAACAUGUCGUGCACUUCGCCCCGCGUAUCUCACGGCGGACCUGGCGGAAGGUCAGCUGCACGGUGCAGUGCACAGCACGAUACGUUAUGAGACGACUCGAGGCUCGCAGGAACGAAGAUUCAUGGGUCCGCAUGUCACGGCAGCCAUGGCUGAAAGUCAGUGUCAAGAUGCAGUGCACGACAUGGGAGGAGGGGGUGGCGCUCGUGUUGAGGCGCCUCAAAACUCGCCUCAAAAUUUUGAUGCGCCUCAACUAUCGCCUCGAAAUUCCAGUGCACCUCAAAAAACAGUGCACGCCAUGGGAGGAGGGGGUGGCGCUAGCCCGGGCGGAGUGCUGGACAGCUGGGGAGGGGAAGGGAGGGGGCAAAUGACCGGGACAAGGAACGAGGAAGGGAUUGGGACAGGGCCUGGACGAAGAGGGAAGGGAGGCCGCACGGGGAGACGGAAAGGGACGGGAACGGGGGAUGGUCGAGAACGAGGGACAGAGAGAGAGACAGAGAGAGAGACAGAGAGAGAGACAGGGACAGGGACAGGGACAGGGACAGGGACAGGGACAGGGACAAGGAAAGGGACAAGGAAAGGGAAGGGGAGGGGAAACGAGAGAGGGAUAGAGACAGGGAAAGAGGGAGCGACGGUAGCGAUAGGGGCAGAGAAGGGGACAGAUGGUGCGACAGAGGAAGGGACAACAGCAGGGACAGAGAAAAAGUCAACCGUAGGGACCGAGGAAAAGUCAACGGUAGGGGCAGAGAAAAAGUCAACAGUAGGGGCAGAGAAAAUUUCAACAGUAGGGACAGAAACGGGGGCAGGGACGGAGGAAGGGACAAGAAAGGGUAUGGAGAAAAGGAGAGGGGAUGGCACAGGAGGAGGGAGGGAGGAAGGGACGGUGACAAGGACGGCACUAGCACGAGCAGCAAUCCGAGAAAAGAGCCGAGCAGCUGCCUUGGAGUUGUUCCAGCGAUCAAAGAGCUGCAAGGUGCGAUCAAGGGGCGCGCGUGGGAUGGCGACAGCAGAGGAGGCAGGUGAGGAGGGAGGUAGUGCUCUGCCUCAGUCCAGCCGUCGUGUUGUCCGAGCAAAGAGCCGAGCUGCUGCUUUGGAGUCUUUCCAGCGAUCAAAGAGCUGCAAGGUGCGAGGAAGGGGCGAGCAUGGGAUGGAGGCAGCUGCGGAGGGCGGUGGUGAGAUGAGGGGUGCUCUGUCUCAGUCCAGCCCUCAAGCAGCGCUUAAUGCGAAGGGCCAAGCAGCAGCAGCAGCAGCGGAGGCUUUUCAGAGGUCCAAGAACUGCAAGGUACGAGGCAGGCGGGAGCACGGGGCUGGGGAAGAGGGGGAAGAGGGGGAAGGGGAAGAGGGGGAAGGGGAAGAGGGGGGAGGGGAAGAGGGGGAAGGGGAGGGGGGUGCUCUUGGUAGGGCGAGGAGAGCAAGGGCAGGGAGCGGAGUGGAGGUGGUUGGAGGUGAGGACGAGAGGAUGAACCACCCAGCUGUGCUCAGCAGACGGCACCAGUCAUUAGGCGGGAUGGGGCAUGGCGAUAUUAGCGUCAAUGGAGGGCAGAAAGCAAGCGUCGUGAAGGGGGAAGGGAGAGGAGCAUAUCUAGGGGGGAGUGGGAUCGCCAGUCAAGAUGCAUUAUGGGCGCCGCAGCAGCAGCCGCAGCAGCAGGAGCAGCAGCAGGAGCAGCAGGAGGUGGAGGUCAUAGCAAAGAGUGGUAGGGAGGAGGCAUCAGUUGUUGGAGACAAGCGGAGGCAGUGGCAGUGGGCGAAUCCCAGGGUUUUGUGGGCAGCACCAGCGCGCUUGACCCCGCGACUGACCCAAUGCUUUGCGAUUCCUGCAGGGGGGGAGUGGCGGCAGUGGGGAGCAGACUCGGGGGAGGAAGAUGAUGAGGAAGUGGGCGAGGAAGGAGGUGAGGCGGCAGGUCACAGGGCGCACCUGUUUAGAAGCAAGAGUACCCCCGGGCGGGAUAGAGGGCAGAUGAGAACACAUGGAGCAGCAGCAGCAGCAGCAGCAGCAGCGGUAUAUGGUGUGAUUGAUGUGCCACCAUAUGGUGUAGCAACAGCAGCACAUGGAGCAGAGGAGGAUGGGCAAGUCAUGGCAAUGCGUGCCGUGAGAUCACAACCAAUGCAAGGCUGUGUCUCAUGCUCCAAGUGCUCUGCUGCACCCAAGGUUUCUGCUGCAAGUGCCACCUGCUGGACGGCCUCCAGUCUCCCUUUCUCCCGAGCCACACUCCCUGCCACACCUGCCAGCUGUCUUCCCACAGCCUCCACUGUCUCUUCCUCUCCCACCACCAACGCUCUCUCGUCUACUCCCACCAAUCUCUCCUGUAACCGCACCAUCAACACUGGCUCUGCUCCUACCACACAAUCCCACGCCCUCCCCUUCCUCUCAACAACCGACUCGGAAUUGCCAACUGUUGACACAUCUGCUGUGAACGCGGCAGCUCCUGUGGCUGCAGCAACGUGGGAUCCUCCCGUCUCAGCUGCCCCUGACAUGGAACCCACCAUCGGAUCGCCAUCCGCUCGCCUCCUGACCUGCCCCUCCUCUGCCCCUGGCCCGUCCUUCAUGGCUAUUCGCACACACGCACUAGCCAGACUCGGCCCUCUGCUGCUCUCCGAUCUGUCUGCGCACCCCGCUGCUGAUUCUGCUGUUGAUGCUGCUGCUGCUGCUGCUGCUGCUGCUGCUGCUGCUGCUGCUGCUGCUGCUGCGGCUGCUGCUGAUUCUGCUGACCCCGCUUCCGCUUCUGCUUCUGCUUCUGCUGCUGCUGUGGAUGCUGCUGGAGCGACGCAUGCCUCUCCGUCAUCCUCGCUUAAGUCAUCCCCAUUAAAUGCAUCGUCGCUAAAGUCAUCCUCGCUGUAUUCAUCCUCAUUAAAGGCAUCCUCGUUGAAGUCCCCUUCGGUACCUGCACAAGAAGCACAGGAGUCUGAAGCCACAACGUGCAAGUCAGAAUCACUGCAACCCCGUGUCAAGUCAGAAUCACUGCAACCCCGUGUCAAGUCAGACGCGGAACCCAUCGCACCAGGGCCCCCCUUGACACCGCAGUCGCCCCGCCCACCCAUGACUCCCAAGUCCCCUCACAGCCAGCUGCUCAGUCGCCAGUACACCAAUUCUAUCUCCUCACCCAGCAGUGUCUCCUCCCCUCGCACUGCCUCCUCCCCUCACGCUGCUAAGUCCCCUCACACUGCUAACUCCCCUCACAGCAGACUACUAAGACGUCGUUGCACCGACCCUAUCUCCUCACCUAACAGUUCGUCCUCUCCUCACACUGCUUCCUCGCCCCAAACUGCUUCCUCCCCUCAUGCUGUUUCGUCCCCUCUCCCUCACGCUGCCUCCUCCCCUCACGCUGCCUCCUCCCCUCACGCUGUCUCCUCCCCUCACACUGCUAAGUCCCCUCACAGCAGACUGCUAAGGCGUCGAUACACCGACCCUAUCUCCUCACCUAACACUGCCCCCCCUCCCCAAACUGCCCCCUCUCCCCACACUGCCCCCUCUCCCCACACUGCCCCCUCUCCCCACACUGCCCCCUCUCCCAACACUUCCCCCUCUCCCCACACUGCCCCCUCUCCCCACACUGCCCCCUCUCCCCACACUACCCCCUCUCCCAACUCUGCUUCAUCCCCUCACACCCCAAAACCUCAUCUCAGAUCUAAGCCCUCGCGAUCUUCUUCCUCCCCCCACCCUCCUCACUCGCACCAUAAAUCACAACCCUUCACUCCUGCUACCAGUGAUAAUGCCACUCCGACCCUCGCUAACGCCACUGCAACCAGUGCUAACGCCACUGCUACCAAUCUUAAUGCCACUGCGACCAGCGCUAAUGCCACUGCGACCAGCGCUAAUGCCACUGCGACCAGCGCUAAUGCCACUGCGACCAGGGUUAAUGCCACUGCUACCAGCGCUAAUGCCACUGCUACCAGCGCUAAUGCCACCGCUACCAGUGCCAAUACCACCUCUACCCGUGCCAAUGCCACCGCUACCAGUGCCAAUGCCACUGCUACCAUUGCCAAUGCGACCGCUACCAGCUCUAAUGCCAUUGCCACCGGCACUAACGGCAGCCUCCCCCCCUCAGGCCCUUCUCCUGUUGCCCGCCUGCCAUGCCAACCCCCCAUUGCACCCCACCCCCCCAUCACUCCCUCUGGAACAACCCGCAUCGCCACCACACCUUCCCGUGCAAUCCGCCUGCCUUCCAACAAGCAUGCUGCUUCACCGCACACUCCCCCCACACCCUCUGCUACAACCUCUCUCCAUGCUGACUCUCCCAAUGCCAGUCCUGCUACAGCCCCCCCGCCCAUCUUUUCGGCCAGUGCCGUCUGCCUGCUUCCCAAGCAUGCUAUUGCGCCCUACACCCCCACCACACUCUCUGUUACAGCCUCUAUCCAUGCAGACUCCCCUAAGGGAAAUCCAGCUGGGGAAGAUCUUGCUGCUACAGCCCAACCCCCCACCACUCCCUCUGCUACUACCUCUCUCCGUGUUGAUUCUCCCAAGGGCGGUCCUGUUGCAACCGCACCUCCUUCGAAGCCUGCUAUUGCACCCCAUCCCCCCACCACAUCUUGUGCUGCACCCUCUCGCUGUGCAGAUGAAGGCGCAGUAGCACUGGUGGGAACGGUGUUUCACGAUGCCACGGAGUUAGACGGCAGAGAAGCACUAGAAAUCGCGGCAGUGGCACAAGCAGCAGCAGCAGCGACACAAGCAGCAGCACUGCCACACGUGCAGACACCGGAUGCUGCAAAGCAGCCCAAGAUACCUCCUCUGGUGAUUGGAUCAGAAGGAGGCGCCCAGGCAAGCCAACGAGAGCUGAAUAGAGAGAUGAGAUUGCCAAGGGCAGUGCGGGGAGGAGGCGGAGAAGCAGGAGAAAGAGGAGGUGGAAGACUAGGGGGGAAAGGAGGGCAGUUCAUACCCCCUCUGAUGGAUGGUGUGAUGGAUGGUGUGAUGGAUGGCUUGAAAGAAAGCGUGACAAACACGCAGCGCUGGUCCGUGGUGAGGAGGGAGCAGAGGAGAGGGGAGGCAGGAGAGAAGGGAGGAGAGGAGAGAGGAGAGGAGCGGGGGAUGGGUGGGAGAAAGGAGUGGAGAGGGGAGGGAAGUUGGACGAGAAGAGGGGAGGGGGGAGAGGAUGGAGGAGUGGAGGGAAAGGAGAGGGUGGGAGAGGGGGCAAGAGUGAGUGGGGUGAGGGGCGUGGAGGAAAGCAGGGAUGGGAGAGAGAGGGGAGAGGUGGGGUAUGACGAGGAGGGGCAGACGGGGAGAGAUGGGGGGGAUUCAGGUGGAGGGGGGAGUACGGAGGAGUUGAGAGAGGCGAGACCAGAUGAACAGGGAGCAGAGAGAAACGAGGAGACUAGAGGGGAAGGGAGAGAGGUGGAAAAUGAGGAGAAGAGAGAGGAAGGGAGAGGAGACGGAAGCGAGGAGAGGAGAACGGAAGGGGGAGGGGAGGAAGGCAGGAGGACGGGAAGACAGGAGGGUUUGAGGAGGAAAGGGGAGCUGAUGGAUAGGCUGAGAAAGGCUGGAGUGGAACGGGUAUGUAGUAGGACAAGCGAAGAGGGUGAGCAGGAAAUGGGGUUGGAAGGUGCGAAGGGUAACACCGCGCACCAAAAUGGCGUCAGGGGGAAGCUGAUGGGGAAAGCAGCGGAAAGCGGAAGGGAGGGAAGCGGUAGGAGAGGAGAGGGAAGAGGGGGUGAAGGAGGGGGACAGAAGGUAGUAGCUGAAUGGAGGCAGGAAGAAAGAGGGAGUUUUGGCAGCAGAUCCGUGCUCGAACAGAGAUCAGUACAGAGGGGCAUGGACAGUAGAACAGGAGCAGCAGCAGGCAGCAGAGCAGAAGGCGGAGCAGCAGGCAGCAGCAGAGCAGAAGGCGGAGCAGCAGGCAGCAGCAGAGCAGAAGGCGGAGCAGCAGGCAGCAGCAGAGCAGAAGGCGGAGCAGCAGGCAGCAGCAGAGCAGAAGGCGGAGCAGCAGGCAGCAGCAGAGCAGGGGUCAAGCACAGCUCCAUGCAUGAGACGGGGAGAGGCGGGUGGCAGAGAGGCCGGCAGUGGUGGGAGGAGCGAGAGAAGACUCUAGAAGGCAGAGGGAGGGAGGGCUGGAGGUUGGCUGAGGAGAGGGGUAUCACCAGGCCCAUAACUGCAGUGGGGUUUGGAAGUGGCACUGUAGCUGGAAGCAGUGGUGUAAAUAUGGAGAAUUAUAGAAGGCCAGUAACAGGGGAUGGGGAUGGGAUGAUUUCUGGAUGGGUGGGGCGUGAUCGUAACCAAGCAAGAAACGGAGUGCUUUCAGAGAGUGAGGGGGGGCGCAGAGGCAUGUGGGGUGCAGGAUUUGAUGGGCGUGAUGAGUAUGGGGAGGGCGUGCGGAGGACAGGCGUUAGAGGUGAGAACCAAGGAGUGGGCAUGGGAAGUGCAGGGGCCACAGGUGACCGAAGAUUUGGAGUGGGCGCGGGAGGUGCCGGACUGGGAGGCAUUCAGGGGCACAGCAUGGUUGUGGGAGGUAGGCGGUACUGCGUGGGCUCUAGAGGGGUGGUGGUUCCAGAAUGGGUGGACUUGUAACCAGUCACGAUACGUGUCACACCUAGGGUGCGAUUGUAGUACGUACGUACUAGCUGUCAAGAGUAAAGUUUAGAAGGGUCAAGACAAUUGGGUAUAUCUAACAGCUGAACCCUGUAUGAGCCUGAAGGGGGCAGAUGUUAGAGUAGCGGGAAAAGUGGUGACUAAGGGAAAAUGUAGAGGCAUACAAAACUAGGGCUGUACUCGCUAAGAACUAAACUAGCUAGGCUACAAAUAAAUAUGACAUAGCUAAUCUAUAUAAAUAUAUUUGUUGACA